AUGAAUAUUAACGAUAUAUUUCGUUUAUUAUUAUCGAUUGUAAAGGAUUAAUAAAAUAAUUCGAUAAAAAAUUAAACUACCAGAGAGAGCGCAAAUCGCAGUGACUUCAAUCGUAUAUACAGUAUUGAUCAAUACAUUAGAGUAGUUCACGGAUGUUGAUUAUAUGUCGUGUUAGACAUAAAAAUCUGUUAGCAGAUAAAAAUGUAGAUAAUUUUGAAGUUUAAUAUUAUUUUAUUAAAGGCAGUUCCUUCUCUACAUCUCUCUUUUUCUCUUUCUCGUUUUUUCACUAUUUAUAAUUUUGUUUAAAUAGAAAUUCUUAAUCUUCUAAGAAGUUAGAAAAAAAAAGGAGUGAAAAUAAGAAAUUGUUUAUUCCAUAAUGAUUUUUUUCAAGACUGCUUUAUUUUUUGGACUUCUAAUACUCGUAAGUGCUGGACGAGAAUAUCAAAAGAAAGACAUAAUUGCCCUCAGAGAAGAAGUGCGAUCUAUGUUUGAUCAUGCAUAUUCUAGUUAUUUAACUUAUGCAUACCCUUAUGACGAAUUGAGAUCACUUAGUUGCGAUGGUUUUGAUACAUGGGGUAGUUUUUCAUUAACGUUGAUCGACGCUUUAGAUACCUUAGCUGUUAUGGGAAAUUUUUCAGAAUUUCGUCGUGUAGCUGAGAUAAUAAGUGAUAGGGAAAAUUUUGAAGCUAAUAUUAAUGUAUCUGUUUUUGAAACAAACAUACGAGUGGUUGGUGGACUUUUGAGUGCUCAUUUAUUGUCACGCAAAGCUGGUGUACCUUUAGAACCAGGAUGGCCAUGUAAUGGUCCUUUGUUACGUCUUGCUGAAGAUAUGGCUAAAAGAUUACUUCCUGCCUUUGAUACACCAACAGGAAUGCCAUAUGGAACUGUUAAUUUGAAAUAUGGAGUUCCUGAAGGAGAAACAAGCAUUACAUGUACAGCAGGCAUAGGCACCUUUCUAUUGGAAUUUGGAACACUUUCUCGCUUAACUGGUGAUCCUCUUUAUGAAGAAGUUGCUAUGAAUGCUUUAAAAGCAUUAAAUCAUUAUAAAUCUAAUAUUGGAUUAGUUGGUAAUCAUAUUGACGUUUUGACUGGUCAUUGGACUGCUCAGGAUUCUGGAAUUGGUGCAGGAAUUGAUUCAUAUUUUGAAUAUUUAGCAAAAGGCACGCUAUUGUUCCAGGAUCCAUGGUUAGCUGCAAUGUUUCAUGAACACAAAGCUGCUAUUGAAAAAUAUAUUCGCAGAGAGGAUUGGCAUUUAUGGGUUUCUAUGACAAAAGGUCAAGUGACCUUACCAGUGUUUCAAUCUUUAGAUGCUUAUUGGCCUGGUAUAUUAAGUCUGUUUGGAGAAAUUGCGGAUGCCAUGAAAUCUUUACAUAAUUAUCAUCGUGUUUGGAAACAAUUUGGCUUUACUCCAGAAUUUUAUAAUAUUCCCCAAGGUGAAGCUGGAACAAAUCGAGAAAGUUAUCCAUUAAGACCAGAACUCAUAGAAUCUGUGAUGUAUUUAUAUAGAGCAACUGGAGACCCAUAUCUAAUUCAAGUAGGAGUUGAUAUACUUAGAAGUUUACAACAUAGUGCCAAAACUAAAUGUGGUUAUGCAACCAUUAAUGAUGUACGUGAUCAUCGAAAAGCAGAUAGGAUGGAAUCUUUUUUUCUUGCUGAAACAACAAAAUAUCUUUAUCUUCUUUUUGAUCCAGACAAUUUCAUUCAUAACAAUGGACAACAAGGGGAUGUAAUUAAAACACAAUGGGGUCAUUGUAUUGUUGAUUCUGGUGGAUAUGUUUUUAAUACAGAAGCACAUCCCAUUGAUCCUGGUGCACUAUAUUGUUGUCGCAGGAUACAAAAUAUGUUACCGGAUAAAAUAACUUCAGAUAAAUUUUUUACAAAAUAUGAUUUAAAAGAAGAAUACAAUACAAAAGAUACAAUUCAUAAAGAUGAUAAUAUAAAUAAAAAUGAGACAAAUAAUUUUGUUGAAAUAAUAAAAUUAUCACAAUUGAGACAUAAACCUACCAAUGAAGUAAAAGAUAAAAAGUAUGAAAAUGUUGAAACAUUAUUUAUGCAAGAAUUUCUUUCUGAAAAUGUUUCAAAAAGUGAAGAUGAAACUAAUAAAAAUAAAACCCUUCAUUCUGAUUCCGCAAAGAUGCAAGUUAUAGCAGAACCAAAUGUAAUUUAUAAAGCUGACGAUAGUGAAACUACAGAUACUUUUGAGACAUCUAUUACUUCAAAUGACCAAUAUGAUUCUGCAACAGUUCAGAAUAAUUCAAAACUAUCUAAGAAAGCAAUUAGCAAUCAAAUUACAAGAUUUGAACCACAAAUUAUGUUAGAAAAUAUUAGAAAAAAAAAUAUGUAUCCAACAAAUACUACAGCAAGAUUGAUGUAUCAGACUUUGUCCUGUCAGUCGCAAUCAUUCCUACAACGAAUAUCUAUUAUAGGAGAAUUCUUUUAAUAUUUAUUUAAAAAAUUUUACUUGUAUAAUUUUUAGUUUUUUUAUUCUAUUCGUUCAGUAAAUCUUUCUUUAAUUUUAUUGUUAGUUUAAUCGUAUUAAAAAAAUAUUUAAAAAAAAAAAAAAAAAAAAAAAAGAAAAAAAAAUCAUUUUUGAAGAUGUAUAUAUAUAUAUAUAUCUGUUGUAUAGUAGUUCUUAAUCUGGAUUCUAAUGACUAUAAGAUAAUAAUUGUUAUUUGAAAUAUAAAGAAUAUAUUGCAAUAUUGUAAUGUAAAAAAUUUCAUUGAUCAAUGUAGAAUAGAGGCUAAAUAUUUUCAUUGUAUUUGUAAAGAAAUUCAUUAUUGACUUUAUCUGUGAUAAGACAAUUUUUUAUAUAGAAAUAUUGAUAAAGUCAUUAAUGAGUAUAAUUAUAAUUAAAAUUAUUUAACAGAAUUGACGAAUUCGUACGCAGAUAUACGAAUUGAAAAAGUAUUUCAAAUUGAAUAUUUAUAAGCUUUUGAAUAGAUGCUUUUUUGUUAUAAUUAUUUUCAUCAGGCGUUUAUUUUUGCGAAAAUUUAUUUAUCGUUUAUAUUUUGUUUCGUAACUAAUCAACACAGAAUUCUGAUUAAUAAUAUCAUAAAUCAAUAUUAUUUAAAAAUUUUACACUAAUUUUUGACUAUAGAGUAUCGUAAGCAUGUUGACCCGUACUAAUAUACAUAUGAAAUUACAAACUUCAUUAAUGAAGAGAAUUAACACAUUAAUGACAGGUAUAAAUUAUAAAUAGUUUCAGGAAUACAUUAGCAAUUUUAUGGAGUAUAUUUUGAUUGAUGAUAAUAAAUGAUAUUUAUAUCAAGAAUAUAUGUAAUAUCCGUAGGCAAUAUGAGAGCAACAAAAAGUUCGGAAGUAAAGAAAGAAGAAUCGGAACGUAUGAAACAAUUUCAUGAGAAACUUAAAUUAGAACCGAUACCACGUGUACAACCAGGUGAACGUUUCAUUGAUUUGGUUUUGACGGAAACUGAUCCUGAAACUGGAGAAUUAAUCACAGAUUGCGAAAAGGAACCAACCAAAUGGGGUGAUUGGCAAAUUGGUGGAAGGCUAACACAUCCCGCAUCAUCAUAUUUCUGAGUGUCCAUAAGGCAUUCACCACAUUUCCAUGGUUGCCCACACCAUUGCCCAACCAUUCAGCAGGUAAUUUUGUUAUAUCAGGAAUUUGGGUAUUUUCAGGAGUAGCAUUCAUUUGUUUAUCCCAAUUUGAUAUGUACCGGUUUUCUACAUUUAGUCCUUCAAUAUACCUGCGGAUCAAUUGUGAUAUUAUAUAUUUAUGUUAUUUAUUUAAGUUUGAUCUCGUUUAAGAAUUAAUUUUAUGUUAGUAAUAUGAAUCAAUAUUAAGUAAUUAUAUUCAUUAUAAUGAUUGUACAUUUUUAUAAUGUACAGUUUUACCGUAAAUAUGCAUCCGAAUGUAAUACUCUACUCGGUCUUGGAGGAACAGCAACGAACAUUGGUUCAGGCUGUUUGGUAGCUGGUAUAUUACUGGUUUGUGUUGCUGCAGCCGAUGUUUCUAAUGCAUAUCGAUUAUGAAAUAAUAAAUAUUUUCUAGCAUU